AUGACAAAUACAGCGACGACCGGGAAAAGAAAGCAGACCACUAUAACUGAUUUCUUUAAUAAAAGUACAUUGAAAAAGGCCAAAGUUAGUAAUGAAAUUACCGGAGGCAAAUCCGCUGUAAAAAAUAUAGAAGAACAAAACGACAACGUCCUCCCGAAUGGUGAAACAGCGAUUAAGGAGGAUGAGGUUAAAGGAGAAACUAGUGCAACGGCGACCAUCGCAAAAGAAAAGGUCCAGACGGAACCAGCCCUUAAGCCUACUACUGAAUAUCUAAUAAAGGCACAUUUUCGGAAUACCCUUGAUCCUGGCACUUCCAAACUCCUAUCCUGUGAACUUGAUACUAUUGAAGACACAUGGUUUAGACAUCUAAUAGAAGAGUUCAAGAAGCCAUAUUUCUUGAAUUUGAAACAAUUCAUUCUCAAUGAACAAGCUAAAUAUGAAGUAUUCCCACCUGCAAAAGAUAUAUAUUCAUGGACGCGUUUAACUCCCUUUGACAAAGUCAAAGUGGUAAUUAUAGGACAAGAUCCAUAUCAUAAUGAUAAUCAAGCACAUGGGUUAGCUUUCAGCGUGAAGCCCCCCGUGCCAGCACCACCAUCUUUAAGAAAUAUAUAUAAAGAAUUGAAACAAAACUAUUCAGAUUUUGAAAUUAAUAAUAAAGUCGGGGAUUUGAGCCCUUGGGCUUUACAAGGUGUUCUGUUAUUGAAUACCGCGUUGACUGUAAGAGCACAUAAUGCAAAUUCACAUUCUAAGAGAGGUUGGGAAGAGUUUACCAAAAGAGUUAUCGAAAUAUUAAUUAAGGAUAGGGAGAAAGAGGGUAAAACUUUGGUAUUUCUCUUAUGGGGCAAUAAUGCCAUUAAAUUAGUUACAUCAAUUUUGAAAUCAGAUGAACAGAAAUAUAAAAAUAUAUUGGUUUUGAAAUCAGUUCAUCCUUCACCAUUGAGUGCAAGUAGAGGGUUCUUUGGGAAUAAUCAUUUUAAAAAGAUAAAUGAAUGGUUAGCUAAUGAACGUAAUGAGAAAAUGAUUGAUUGGAGUGUUGUCCCUGGAAAUACUUUGAAAGAAAUCGCUGCUUCUAAUGAAAAUUUAAACUGA